CAAAAUACAACGAAUUUAUAAUGAAUAAAUAUAUAACUACUUUGAAAUAACUAUUAAUUUAGCUAUUAAUUUGAUAAAACGUUUAAUUCAAAGUGUAUGUGUUUGAUUUUUAAUUUAUUCGUUUUAUCUAUGGUUUGUCGUUAAAGAAGUUUUACAAAUAAUUCAUGUCUUGAAGGUUUUACAAAUGUUCGUGUUAAAUUGUUGAAAAUCUCGAAAAAAAAUAAAUUACUAUUUUAACAAGAAGUAUGACUUCUAUUAGCGAAAUUAGUUCGUUACCUAAAACGAAAAAACCUUCGGACAGUGCAUUUAAACAGCAACGUUUACCUGCUUGGCAACCAAUACUUACUGCUGGAACUGUUUUACCAACAUUUUUUGUAAUUGGGAUUGCUUUUAUACCAGUUGGAGUUGGAUUGCUUUAUUUUUCUGAUCAGGUUAAAGAAUAUAUUUUAGACUAUACAGAUUGUAAUUCUAUAGACAUAUUUCGUGGAAAUGGAAUACCUGUUAAAUGUGCAGAUGCUAUAGCAGAAGAUCGUUCAAAGCCUUGUCGUUGUAAAUUAAAUUUCACAUUACCAUAUGAUUUUAAUGGAAAAAUUUAUAUGUAUUAUGGUUUGACUAAUUUCUAUCAGAAUCACAGGCGAUAUGUAAAAUCAAGAGACGAUAAUCAACUAUUAGGAAAAUUGAGUGAUGUUGUUUCUACAGACUGUGAACCAUUUGCUUAUGAUGGAGAAAAAGCUAUCGUACCAUGUGGUGCUAUUGCUAAUUCAUUAUUUAGUGAUAAUUUAACAUUAUAUUCUGAAAGACAUGAGAAAUAUGUACCAUUAUUAAAAACUGGUAUAGCUUGGCCCUCAGAUAAAAAUAUUAAAUUUAGAAAUCCUGAGGGUAAUUUAAAAGAAGCAUUUCAGAAUUUUGCAAAACCAAAGAAUUGGACUAAAUAUAUUUAUCAGUUAGAUGAAGAAGAUGAAAGCAAUAAUGGUUUUCAAAAUGAGGACCUCAUUGUUUGGAUGAGAACUGCUGCUUUGCCUACUUUUAGAAAACUAUACCGCAGAGUAAAUCAUACGGAAAAUGGUUUUACUGAAGGUCUAUUAGCAGGGAAUUAUACACUUACCAUUGAUUACACAUAUCCUGUGUCUGCCUUUGAUGGUAGGAAAAGAAUGAUUUUGAGCACUACUUCUCUUCUUGGUGGGAAAAAUCCUUUUCUUGGUAUUGCUUAUAUAGUUGUAGGAUGUAUUUGUUUGUUGUUAGGCAUCACAUUAUUAAUAAUACACAUCAAAUGUUCUAAAAGCAAACUAAUGUAAAGAUGACUGCAACAAAGUAUGCUUAGGGCACCAUAAUUGUUCUUUGUAACAGAGAUGAUCAAUGUGACUCCAAAUACACCAUAUCAAGAAUAAUUAUCCAUAAUUGUUAUAAAACUUGAAGAACAUUCUGAAUAUUCUGCAUUUAAUUUGUAAGUGACAAUAUAAAACAAUCUAAUUUAACUAGAAAAUGCAUACUUAAAAAGAUUAUUAGUUUAGUUUAUAUUAAAAGAAAAAAAAAUGAAAUAAUUGUCUAUCA